AUGCCGAUAGAAGUUGCUCCAAGCUGGUACCUACGAAGUAUGCACUUCACCGCGAUUGUUACAACUCCGGUAAACAUUUUCGGGAUUUUCGUAAUCCUAUUUUGCCAAACAAGACAACUCUCCUCAUUCCGUUGGCAUUUACUUGCUUAUCAGAUUUGCUCAAUGUCCACGGAUUUCUCAUUAUCAUCAGGAAUAAUGCCUGUAAUAUUUUCACCAUUUCCAAUGGGUCAGCCUCACGAACUAUUUACAACGCUUUUUCAACUUCUAGGGUUUGAGACAAGUACCAAAAUUCAAUGUGUGAUUGCUUUUUCGUCAAUUUUUGUUACUGCUGGGAGUGUCGAGCACUUAUUUCUCCUUAGAUAUCAGGCUAUUCUCCCAUCUGGUCAUCAUCUGAAAUUGUCCACAGCGUCAUCAAUCAUUAUACUGUCAACGUGGCAGUUGUUUUUAAUAACACUUAUGAUUGUCACUUUUCUCUUAGCAACCCCAAAUCAGCAGCUAGCAAGAGCUCAGUUUUUGUUACUACAUCCGGAUUUCAAGUACCUGUUGAAUUGCUACGGUAUUUUUGUUGAUUUGGAUGUCAAGUAGAGCGCUUGAUUCUGUUCAAUUAUCAACUUCAACCCGAAAAGUUCACGUACAACUGAUUAAAAGCUUGUGCUAUCAGGUACUUGAAUUUAAGGGAAUAAAUUGAAAAAAAACAAGUUUUCAGAUAACAACUCCGAUAUUGGUAUUUUAUGCUCCGAUUUUAGUAGUCGUUGGUACAAUCAUGUUCAACGUUCCCAAUAGCCAAUUAUCAUUUUUCAUCUCGGCGAUUUGUCUAUCGUGUCACACAUUUUUUGGUACUUUAAGCAUGAUGUAUUUCAAUCGGGUCUAUCGUGAAUGGAUAAUUGGUACAAUUAAAAAUCGAUCGCUUACGACUUCAGUACCAAGCUCAAAGUUCCUGCAUGCUCGAAAUCGGUUCAACAUGAACACGGCUAUUUUUUGAAA